UCUUUAAUGAACUUCAAUGUAUAUCCAGGGUGAUGCAGAGUAUUUGAGAUAUCAUGGAUUGCAAGAAUUUGACCGAGCGAUGCAACAUCUUGAAGAAAGAUAUGGUUUCAUGACAUCAGAGCAUCAAUACAUAUCCAAGAAAGAUGAAGGAGACAGAUUAAUUGUGUUUGAGAGGGGUGACCUAGUCUUCGUUUUCAAUUUUCAUUGGAGUAGUAGUUAUUUAGAUUACCGGGUAGGCUGCUUGAAGCCAGGAAAAUACAAGGUUGUCUUGGACUCAGAUGAUCCACUAUUUGGUGGCUUCAACAGAAUUAGUCACGAUUCGGAGUAUUUUACUUUUGAAGGGUGGCAUGAUGACCGACCUCGUUCAUUCUUAAUCUAUGCACCUUCGAGAACAGCAGUGGUGUAUGCAUUGGUAACAGAUGAAGCGAAACCUGUUGAUGUAGUUGUUGAUGCUGAAACUAGUAUUAGCGGUGUCUAGCUUUGUGGUUGAGGAGUUAGUGAUUCUGGCUUACGACUCCACCUCCCUCCCCUAUUCUGUCCACUGCAACUAUCUGCGGCGCUCAAACCCUUGAAGAAGCAAAAACAAAGUCGAAAAAGAAUGGAAACACAAGGAGCUAACCAGGUAUAACUUAAAUCUACCAGUGGCUAUCUCAAUAUUGUCCGAGUAAUAAAAGAUCCAGCGUCUUUGUGUAUGGGAUUCUCUACUUGGGUUUUUCCAUCACAUCUAGGAGGAAAUUAUGCAUCUCGCUUGGCGCUUGUAAUGAAUUCAGACUGAAAAUUCCGACAACGAUGCAUAUCAUCUCCAUGUAUAUUCCUUCGUAUUCGUGGGUUUGAUGAUGAACACUCUUGGUUAGCACAUACUAGUAUUUAUGCUGUAGCUGCUCCUCUUUAAAGCCUGAGUUAUACUAAAUAAUAAGAGCCUGCCGAACUAAUGUUUUUUUUUCUAAUGUCGAACAUGAAUGAAAUAUCAUUUUCGGUGGCUCAA